AUGGAAGCUCACUCUGUUUUUCUCAUCCUUUUUGGCGUCAUUGCCACUGCCAUUGUAGUUGAUGGCCAAGGCCAAGCAGGUUUCAUCAGCAUAGAUUGUGGGGCGCCCCCUAAUAUAAACUAUGUAGACACUGAUACUGGUAUCAGUUACACCUGGGAUGCACCUUUCAUAAACGCUGGAGUAAAUGUGAACGUCUCUGAAGAAUACGGCUGCCAUUCCCACUUGCUACUCCUUAACCCAUCAGAGCUUCGUUUAUUGAAAUUCAGAAAUGCUUCUGAGAACGUCGUCAAGGAGAUUCUCAGCUUUGCAGAGUCAGAUACAUUAUAUAUUUGCCUUGUGAACAAGGGUAAAGGAACUCCUUUUAUUUCAGCCCUGGAGCUCCGGCCAAUGAACAGUUCAAUCUAUGGUACUGAGUUUGGAAGAAAUGUCUCAUUGGUACUCUAUCGAAGAUGGGAUACAGGAUAUUUGAAUGGAACAGGACGGUACCAAAAGGAUACAUAUGAUGGUAUUUGGUCUCCGUACUCUCCAGUCUCUUGGAAUUCAACUAUGACUACUGGGUAUAUUGAUAUUUUUCAGUCUGGUUAUCGGCCACCAGAUGAAGUUAUUAAGACAGCUGCAUCACCUAAAAGUGAUGAUGAGCCAUUGGAACUGUCCUGGACAUCAGGCGAUCCAGAUACUCGGUUCUAUGCCUACCUUUAUUUUGUAGAACUCGAAAAUCUCAAGAGGAAUGAGAGCAGAAAAAUCAAGAUAUUCUGGAAUGAGUCGCCUGUUUCAGGAGCUUUCAACCCCUCUUCUGAGUAUUCAAUGACAGUGUCUAAUUCACGAGCUUUCACUGGUAAAGAUCACUGGAUUUCUGUUCAGAAGACCGCAGAUUCAACGCGUCCACCAAUACUCAAUGCUAUUGAGAUAUUUACAGCACAAUCUCUGGAUGAAUUUUCCACCACAGUUGAAGACGGUAUGUUCAUCUCUACUACAUAUAUUUCAUAA